AAAAGAAGAAAUACUGGCAACGUCUGAUGAUGACACAUGGAAUAAUUCAAGGACUUCAGACACAAACAUCCCAGAGAUUGUUUAUCCACAAGCAGAAGACAAAGACAUCAAAACAGCUAAUAAAAAUAUAAAAGAUAAAAAUGCAGAACAUAACCAGGGUUAUCACAAAGAUGAUGAAAAAGAAUUAGAGUUGCUGUUUAAUCAGCACUUCACAGGAGCUAGAGGUACCUGUUCCAGAGAUGAAAGGAAUUUAUACACAACAGAACCAGUUAAUUUUACAAGUGAAACUGAAAAAUUGGUGAAAAAGGCAACCUGUAGAGAAAGAAGCAGUGACUUGCACCCUGUGCCUAUCAGUUCCUCAUCUGAAAGCACUUCACAAGCCAUAGGAGGAGAAUUAAAAGAUAACUUUAAGUAUUCUGUAAGAGAUAAUAGUGAGCUAUCAGGGAAGAAAGUCACUGCUGGCUCAGUAAACAGCGGUGAGGGGUCUUUGGAACAUACUGGUACCAGUGAAAGACUUUUCGUGGCAAAAUAUUUUCCUGCAACAAAGCAGAAUGAGGCUAACAAUAUUAUGGCUACUGUCUCAAGCUGGCAAGGAGAGAGCCACACAGAUAUUUCAAAAGGGGAAACAGACAGUGCCUCAGGAAGUAAGAUGAUGGAGAGGUUAUUCAUCAAUGAGAAUGCUGCUGAUACCUCAAAAGGGGCCUGUGAAAUGAGACCAGAAACCAUUUCUCCAGAGCAUGAUGAAUCCAUGCAAUUAAAUGCAUGCAUAGCAAGGACGCUGGAUGGCAAUGCUAAUCCAGCUCCAGAGCACCAGGUGCCACAAAUGUCUCACCAAACUCUGGAUUCAUUGAUGUCAGAUGCUGACAAAAAUGAAGGAAAAAUCAAGAUGAUUGAAAGCAAAGUUCAGGUACAUUUAAGAGGAGAUUUAUAUGCCGGCACUUUUGCACAUGCUGAUGUUUCAAUAGAUUCCACACAAAGCCAAUAUACACAAAAAAAUGGAGUUGGUGAAACGUCAGGAAAGAACACUGAUGCAGGGAAGGAGAAGAAAGUCAUCGAAAUAGCAGACUUGGAAUUAAUCGGUGAGGAGGAAGCUCCCAGACCAUUCAAGUCAUACAGGAAACACAAUGCCCAAGCACUGAACACAACACCUCUGCCAGCUGAGAACAAAAAGCAGAUACCUAGAGCCACUCAGGGGUAUGAAAGGCAAGACAAGGACACUCAGGAACACAGAGGAUUCACAAGGUUAAAAGACAGAGAGAAGCCAGACAGCACAAAUAAAGGGAGACUGAGUGGAAGGGAAAGUGAAGUAAACUCUGCAGAGCAGGGGUGGCAAGAAAUGGGGAGUGAGGUUUGGUGGGGAGCAAAGGGUAGCACAGAAUCUCAGAGCAUGACUCCCACAAAGGAGCUGUUUACCUGCCAGGAGGCAGAAAGUUGUGAAAAGUCUUCUGCCUCUGAGCGUGGUAUUACAGAGGAAGCAGAGGCAGGUAUAGCUUAUAUAAUUAAAACAACAUCAGAAAGUGCUCCAGAAAAAAUGUCUGCCAGUGAAAGAGCAGUAAUUGCUAAGGUACCUCCAGAGACUGCACUAAGUGACAGGCCCACAGAGGAAAAGGAAACAGCGUUUGAUACACAUGAAGGGAGAAAUGAUGGUUCACAUUAUGCUCUUUGUCAACUCAACACAGUGGGUGUAUUAUAUGACACUGAAUUUGAAAAGGAAUCAGUUUUAGGUAUUUAUAAUACAUGCGUACAUGAAACACCGCAAGGAGAAACGAAGUCUGUAUGCAGUAGCAGGGAAAAAUGUGCCAAAGCACAACCAGACAUGGGCAAUAUUCUACCUGUGGAGGAAGCAGUAAAGGCUUCUGCUACAGGAAAGAAAGAAGAUUUGCAGCAGGGGUUAUAUUCAGAAGAAUCUGGAAGUCCCCUGAGCACCCAGAAGUAUCCGUACAAUGAGGCAGCAGAAGAGCUCUAUAGGGAAGAAAGCCAAGUUGGUAUACUUUCCUGUUUAUGUGCUAAAGCUGAAACAAAAAUGCCACCUUCUGGUGCAAGUACUGUGCCCAGAUACCAUUCUGGAAGCUCUUCAGUGACAUGUUGUGACGGGUCCACUGUGGCAGGAGGUAUGGAACAGCUGUAUAGGCACUAUGAAUUCGAAGUCACUGGCAAGGUUGCUGCUGAGUUGGGGUACAAUUUAAAUCUACCUAAUGAAAUUACAUGCAUUAAUAAAAAUUUCUCUCCUGAAGCUGAAAAAGGAGAAGUACCUUCCACUUCAGACACAGCAAUUUCUAGAGAAGGAAGAGGAAGGAAUAUAGGUCAGUGUUUCCAUCAAGCAGAGCUCAAACAGGAGAAAUCAUGGAGGCCAGAGGUUUUAAAUAGUAAGACUACCAAAGGAAGUGGAGGAACAGGCGCUCAAUCUGACCAUUUAAUAACUGAGGGGAAAGUGCUAAACUGGUUUGAUGACUCACAGAAAGAAAGCCAGCACAUUUCUGAUUCUGCAAGUAUCUCUAACCAGAAGGGUGAAUCACUUAAGUUACCUAGUGAGUCUCCAGGUUUAAAACAUAUUGCUUUCAAAAUAUUUUAUUUCUUCUUCUUUUCACUAUUUGCUGCAACACUCUACCACUAUGAUUUGAUGGUCUGUCUUGCACUCUACCUGUUCUCCUUGUAUUGGCUAUACCGUGAAGGAGGAAGAAACAAGGAGUCUAUCAAGAAGGAAUAA